AUGAAGACUCUUUUAUUAGCAGUUCUCAUAGGAAGCGUCCUUUCCAUGAUGACAAUCCCACUCCACCCUGUCCACGAAACUCCUGAAGAAAAAGCAAAAUUUAUUAAAUCCCUUAAAUAUUUCCGAAGUGGAGCUGGCCCUACAGGAAUUCCUUUAACUUUUAACUACGAAUAUUAUGGCUUGGUACAAAUUGGAACUCCUCCACAAAAUUUCCAAGUUGUUUUUGAUACAGGCUCUGGAAAUUUGUGGGUGCCAAGCAGCAGCUGUUACUCAGUUUCUUGUACACUCCAUAACACCUAUAUUAUUUUUGAUUAAUUUUCGCUAUUUUUUUUAUUUUCAGCUAAAAAUUGAUAUCGUUAUUUGCAGAUUUUUGAACUUUACCACCUAAGUGUGGAAUUUUUCCGCGUGUGAAAAGAGGAUUCCACAUGUGAAAUCAAAAGGGCUCCACAUGUGAAAAGCACCUUUUCACACGCGGAAAAAAUUCCACACUUAGGUGGUAAAGUUCAAAAAUCUGCAAAUAACGAUAAUAUUUAUUUGAUAUUUUAAAGCCUACGAUUUAAUAGAAAAUAGUAUACAAUCAUUCCAAGUCGUCAACUUAUGUGGCUGAUGGAAAAAAAAUUUACAUUGGAUAUGCGGCUGCUUCUGUGGCAGGAUUUUUAUCUAAAGAUACGGUCACUUGGGCUGGAAUAAAGAUUCCUAACAUAACUUUUGGAGAAAUGACUAGCUUUGGUGGGACUUAUUGGACUACUAAAAGGUUUGAUGGUGUGUUAAAGGAAUAAAGUAUUCAAGAUUUGAUGCUUCCGCAUGUUUGAGACCACUAGAACCUGCUUGCAGGAGGAAUUUAGUUGCCUAAACCCUAUCUCAACAGCGGCCUACUCCCGGAACCUGAGGCUUGUACCGAUAUCCCUGAGUCUCAACUAGCUAGAAAGACUCCUCUUGCUUUACGCCAUUGCGUCCUAUGGUGGUAAAGGUCAGCUGAUAUCUCUUGUUGAUCACCUAGAGGAAGCCAGGAAAAUGAACCACAACCCUCCAGAAUAGGCAUAAAAGAGUUUAUGGCCCAAAAACGAUCCGGAUAGCUAAUACUUAGACUUGAAUCGCCAUCAGUUGAGUCUCAAGACUUACCCACCCCAUACUGCCGCUCUAGGCUAGCAAAUGGUUAGGAUUAAACCGCCAGAGCCUAUAAAGCGACUUUAGCGCCCAAAUUGGCUGUUCGUCAAAUACAUAUUUUGUCGUCACCACUAUAAUUAUAAUGGGGUGUUAGGAAUGGGGUGGAUUGCAGCAGAAAAAAUACCUCCUGUUUAUAUGACGAUGUAUAGUUUGGGGCUGAUUAACGCAUAUAAUUUUGCUAUUUAUUUAGUCCCUGGAACUGGCGUUGGGAGUGCAAUUAUAUACUUUUCCUUACUUUUGCCUAUGAAUCUGAUAAAAUCUUCCCUUUUAUACAAGUUAUAGGUUUUAUUUUUCUAUUCCUAUGCCAAAUCAUUCUCUUUCAGUUUACCUUAGGCGGCUACAACACAAGUUAUUCAAAAAAUGACUGGAAUUACAUCCCAUUGCUGAAUACCGAAAACUGGCAAAUCCCAAUCGAUCAAAUUACCAUUGGUGGCCAAAAAGUUCCAAUUAAUGGUAUGAAAGCAUGGAUUGACUCAGGAACUCCUCACCUUGUAGGGGAUAACCCAAUUAUCGCGCAAUUCAACAAAAUGAUGCCAACGGUCUUUGCAAACUGCUCAAAUCUUGCCUCACUUCCUACUGUUGUCAUAACGAUGCAUGGGGUUGAUUAUCCAUUAAAUUCAUCAAAUUACGUUUAUACAGUAGUUAAUGAUGGGAUAACUACAUGUGAAACAGGCUGGAUUGGAAACUCAGGACUUGACAAUUUUAUUGUGCUGGGUGAUUUAUUUAUCCAAGUUUAUUAUACUUUAUUUGAUAUGGGAAAUAAGCAAAUUGGGUUCGCAACAAGGAUAUAA